AUGGAAGACCUAGAUACCCCACAAAUAAUAACACAUAUCGAAAAUAAUAUAAAUCAUUCCAUAUUCGAUUGUAAAUGGAUACCGUGUUCAGCAAAGUUUGUUGUGAUCGGAGGUUUACCAAAGGGCAGUGGUACUAUAGAAAUAUUUGAAAUUACAUCGGGGGAGGCACGCAAAAUAAAAGAUAUCGAGAGACCGAACUCCUUCAAAUGUGGUACUUUCGGUGCUAGCAGUGAUGUGGAGAGAAGGCUUGCUACCGGCGACUUCAAAGGGACUCUCGAAUUGUGGGACUUAGAAAAGAGUUGCCAGGUAUACAUAACAAAGGAACACACAGACAUAAUAAAUUCCAUUGAUGGAAUGGGCGGCAACACCAUGAACUGUGGUGCUCCAGAGAUUGUGACGGGAAGUAGAGAUGGCACUGUCAAAGUGUGGGAUCCGCGGCAGCGAGGCAAACCCGUUGCCAACAUGCAGCCAGCUAAAGGGGAGACCAGGCGCGACUGUUGGACGGUGGCGUUCGGGAAUUCCUUCAACGACGCGGAGAGGAUCAUCGUCGCCGGCUACGACAACGGGGACAUGAAGAUGUUCGAUCUGCGCACCAUGUCGCUGCGGUGGGAGUGCAACUUGAAGAAUGGGGUUUGCUGCGCUGAGUUUGAUCGCAAAGACAUUCCGAUGAAUAAAUUAGUUGCAACUACACUGGAAGGAAAGUUCCAUGUGUUCGAUCUGAGGACACAGAAUCCAGCUAAAGGUUUUGCCCAGGUGAUGGACAGCACCUCUAAAAGCGGCACGAUAUGGGUCGCCCGCCAUUUACCUCAGAACCGGGAUAUAUUUAUAACCUGCGCUGGGAACGGGCAAGUCACACUAUGGAAAUACGAAUACCCCGACCAACGCAGUCGCACAGACGACAAAGGCGCAGCCUGCGGCGUGGCGGGCAAACUGCGUCGCUUACAACGUAUGACGAUCAGCUCUCAACCGCUCAAUGCGAUAGAUUGGAACCGCGACCAUUGCGGCCUAGCCGUUGCUACGGCUUAUGAUCAAUACGUUAGAGUUUUAGUUACAACUAAACUUAACUUGCAUUGAACUAUACGGAAUAUUAAGGGGAGCCAUUGAGCGUCGCUCGUAUGAAAUUAUGAAAAAACAAUGCCAUUUUUGGUAACAUAACCUGUGGCUAGGGUUACCAUAUCUCAGGAUUUGUCCUGAGAUUUCAGGAUUUAUGGACUCUUCUCAGGAUUGCGGCUGGAUUUUGCAAAUCUCAUGAAAUCUCAGGUUUUUUUGAAUUUCCAAUAAAAUACAGCUUACGUAUUAAAGAUCUCUUUAAUAAGAAGAUAAACAAACUAAAAAUUACCUUCUAUUGGUAAUAAUUGCUCAAUUAAAAUCAGUGCUUUAUUAUCCAAGUUAAUCUUAAAUUAAUCAGUUUUGUCAUACUUAAUAUGUAAAGAUACAUUUUUAAGUAAAGUUUUUUCUUUAAUUAUGGAUUCAUAUAAUGCCCCACAUUAUAUAAAUUAAAUUUAAGAAUAGAUUUAAAAGUAUAAGCAGAGUAUAAACGAUAAUAUUACGACUUUUUUUAAAUUGUUAAGUACGUUUGAGCGAAAAUUCUCAAACUUAAAAAAUCUCAGGAUUUUUCAAUGGAAAUCAAGCCUGUUCUCCGGACUUUUGAUUUUAUCAUCUGGUAACCCUACCUGUGGCUAUCUAAUAUAUUACAAAAAGGAGUCUCUCAUUACAAAAUACUAGCAAACCAGUGAACCAAAUGUUCACCAAAACCUGAUUUAAAAAAAAUGUAUUUAAUUAAUUGAGAACUUCGGAAAUUUUGUGUGGUUUCGUUUGAAAUUCGUGAUUUCUCGAAAACCGGAAGUGCUACGUUACUCAAAUCCGGUUUGUAGUCUUAUCAGACUAUUCUUAACUUAUAACUUAAACAUUCUCUUUAUCUAUCUCUUACGGUUUGGCCGCUGAAACAGCACCACAGACAGACGGACGGAUGGACGGACUUGUCUAAUAGAUAAGAGAUGUUUAAGAUCAUAUUAUGAGCGUUGUAAAAAAAAAGGUUCACAAAAUUCUUGAAGUUUCGAAUCCUAUCUAGGCUCUGCACCCCUAGCACAAACCAAUAUCGAAUUCGAAUAGUGUGCGAGUACGAAAUGUCAUUGUCUAAUAUUGUAUGGAAACUGAACAGCAACGCCACAAAGAAUAUACCAGAACUAAAAAUCAGUACACAUUUGACAGUGACAUUUCGGACUCGCAAACGAUUCGAAUUCGAUAUUGGUUCGUGCUAGGGGUACAGUAGCUAUACCUAAUUUAAGUAAUGAAGCAAACUUUUUCAAUAAUUUGAAAAAGUUUGCGUGAAUUUUGGAAAUGCGCGCCAUUUUCAUUAGAAAAUGUCGUCACAGUACUGAAGUUAGACAAAGGAAUAGAUUAAAAGCGCCUCCAAUGAGGUUCGUCCGAAAAUUAAAAACAACCGUAAAAGAUACACACGGCGCCGUGUAUGGGAGCGUGCGGUAAAAUGUUUUACCGCACGCUCCGUUAUAUGUCCCGUAAUUAUGAACUUUCAAACAAUGUAUACAACCUCCGUAAAUGCAUUUUUUGUUGAAAAGCCGUUAUUGAUCGUUUUAUCGUUGUUUUUUUUUUUGUUCAUUUUAAGUCAUCUUGCUCUUCAGCAUAGGGUCCAACGCCUUUCAAAUUCUCCUAUAUAUUCCAAGCACGGAGAGUACUUGGAUAACAAAAGCAGCUACUCUAAAGCUAGCAGCGAAAUGUAUCAGUAAGUGACAUUUCGGACUCGCAAACGAUUCGAAUUCGAUAUUGGUUCUUGCUAAGGGUUCAUACUGUAGUCACAAGACUGGUCAGAUAAGUAUUUGGUUCAGUAAAUAUUUAUUUAUAAUAAAUGAGGUUUAUGAAGCAGACAUUUUUUGUUGUAAGCAUGCAUUUUAUUAUAUGUAUUUAUUUAAUUUUCUUAAGCGUGCAUUACUAAGAAAAUCUGUAUGUAAUAUUUGAUUUUGAUGGUGCAAUAAAAUUUCGUUAAUUUA